UUCGUUUGAUUCUUUUCUGUAAUGGCGAAAUGCGUUCUUCUUCAAGCUUCACCACCACGACCACCGCUGUUACUAUCACCCCGCCGGUUACUACCACCACCACCCACAGGAAACCCGUUUUCACUUUACGCCGGUGAUCUCCACCCAAGCGUCAACGAAAUUGACCUCUAUAUCUUCUUUUCUGCAAUUGGCCCAUUACAUUCUGUUCAUCUUUGCAUAGAUCGUUUCUCCCACAAAUCUCUUCGCUACGCUUACAUCAAUUUCUACUUUCCUUUUAAUGCUGCUGAUGCAUUGUGUCGAUUAAACCACAUGGAAUUAAAAGGGAAAUCCAUCAGGUUAAUGUGGUGUCAGAGAGACCCUAUUUUGCGAAAAACUGGAAUCGGGAAUCUUUUUGUGAAGAAUCUUGAUUUGUCAAUUCAUGAAACUAAAUUGGAAGAGGUAUUUGGGAUAUUUGGGAGGAUUCUUUCUUGUAAAAUUGCGAAAGAAGGUGAUGGAAAGAGUAAGGGAUUUGGAUUUGUGCAAUUUGAUUCAGAGGACUCGGCUUUAGAUGCUCUCGAUGUAUUAAAUGGAUGUGUACUUAAGGGCAAGAUUUUAACUGUUGCGAAGUAUCUCAAGAAAAGCGAGAGGAAGAAACCCCAAUUUACAAACGUUUAUGUGAAAAAUCUGGAUGAAAACUUCACAGAGAGUUCGUUAAUUGAAAAGUUUUCAACGUAUGGAAAGGUGACAAGUGCUGUGAUUAUGAACGACAAAGAAGGAAAAUCAAAAGGGUUUGGAUUCGUCAAUUUUGAAUCUCAUGAUAACGCUAAGAUCGCCAUUGAAGCCCUAAACGGUGAAGUAAUCGGUUUAAAGAAAUUGUAUGUUGGAAAGGCAAUGAUGAAAGCUGCAAGAGAUUCUUUCUUACGACGUACCCAUGUUCAAAAAACGAAACCCAUUAUUACUUCAAAUCUGUAUGUGAGAAAUCUUGCUACAUCUGUAAACGAAAAGGAUCUUCGUGAAGUUUUUGGUGCUUUCGGUUGUGUUGUUUUCACGAAAGUGAUACGUUUCAGUAAUGGAGUAAGCAAAGGAAUUGCGUCUGUUUGUUUUUCGAAACCAGAAGACGCCAUGAAAGCUGUGAAGAAUCUUAAUGGUUUUUGUUAUCAUGGAAAGUACAUGAAAGUGACAGUUGCUAUGAGCAGAGAAGAAUAUGCGAGAAGAUUGCAGACACUUUUUCCCUUCACCUUCUUUAAUAAAGUUCGAAACUUGAAGCCAUAUUUGGAAACUAAUGUUCAGAAAGAUGAUGAUCAUCAAGUAAAUGAAACAAAAUCAAGCUCCUGCAAUGGCGGUUUUGCUUUACAAGAUCCGAAGUGAGAAGAAGUCUUCUACUAAAUCAUGGAACGAAUAGAAACAAAUACGUGUAAAAUUGAAUCUGGGAUUCUUGAAUACAACUUGUAAUCGAUGAUUUUGAAUUCAAACAUAACGAAAAACAGAAGUAAUAGUAAUGGAAACUCGAUUUUGCCCUUUUCGAAUUAUAGAACAUUGUGUACAUGAAGUAAUACAAAGUUUAUAUAAAAAAAGUGCGAUGAUGAUUGAUUAACCGAGGAGGGCGAUUCCGGCGACGAUUAAGGUGUCAGCAAGGACUUGAUUAGCAGCUU